GGGAGUGAUUGUCUUACAUCAGUUCUCACAGCAAAGAUCAAAGUAAAUCGUCUUCCAAAGUCAUUGGUCGAGAGCACACAAAAAAGAAUCGUUUGUAGCACAAGUAUACUAGAUAAUUGACAUACUGGCUCAUAGUGGGCCGGAAUCGGAUCGAACCGAUUAAAUCUGUUGGAUUUGAGUGUUUUCUCAACAAACGAUUCCAUUCUGCAGUUCGACUAUACCAGGAUGAACCUAACAACGAAUGCCUCUACCCUGCAUUCAAAGCUAGCGUCGCUACCUAGAUGGCAAGUUAUCUUAGAGGCUACUUCUCUUUCGCUAAUUGAUUUUUUAGCUUUAUCUGGAAAUAUUUUAGUAUGGAUGGCCGUUGUGAAAAAUUCCGGUCUUYGACGAAUCUCGACUAACCUCUUUAUUCUCUCUCUUUCUGUGUCGGACAUUUUAAUGGCUUUGACUUGCAUGCCAUUAUCUACCAUUGCUCUCAUCAAAGGACGCUGGACRCUUGGUACCUUCGUGUGCCAAGUGCAUGGAUUCAUAUUCUUUGUUUUAGCAUUCGUUUCUCUGCUUACUGUUGCUUUGGUGGCGGCAAACCGCUACAUAAGUGUCGCUAAGCCACUUCUUUACCRAAUCAUCUUCUCAAAUAGGAACUCUAUGAUCAUGAUUGUCACCAUUUGGCUGGUUUGUAUAUCGUACGUAACGAUAUUCACGUGUUUAAACGGURACAUCUUUUACUUCGACCCAGGGAAACUUGUGUGUCAUAUAGAAUUGAUGGACAAGACGUUCCGCGAUACUUGGAACAUCAUCACUGGAUUGAUCUUCGCACUUCUUCCAUUGACAACCGUCUUCUUCUGUUACUUCAAACUAUUCCGUACAAUAAGAACCCAUAAUUUGGUAACUAUUCGCUCUAUACGUCGGCAAAACCCGCUCAACCCAAACAUAGAAGAAAUUCGCRUUACCAAGGUGAUAGUCGCUAUCAUGGUUGGAUUCUCUUGCUGUUGGCUCCCAUCUUUUGGCAUCGCGUAUCUCCAACUCAUCUUCCCUAGACGKUUUGAGAGUCGGGCGCCUCAUAUAGUUUACACCUUUUUAGUCUACAGCUCAAGCAUGAUUAACCCAUUUAUUUAUGGUAUCUUGAACAGUGCAUUUCGUUCAGAAUUCCUUAAGAUUUUGUUGUGUAAGAAKUCUAAUAAUAUGGGUGAUACAGAAGGAAUGGAAAUGAAGAAGUAUUGA